AUGAGAGGCCCCCGGCUGGAGACCCCUGUGCUGUUUCUGCUGCUGCUGCUCAGCAGUCUGACUGGGACAGCACAUUCAGAAGAUGACGGCACAGAUUCUCAGACAACAGAUAGGACAGACACGGAAGAUGGUAAUGGUAACUCAGCAGAAAGAGUUGAAGCUGAAUUUCUGUCGAUCUCCUUGGUUCCUCCAGCAAAUCCUAACCCUCCAGGAACAGAUGAAGAAGGUUCAGGUUCUGGUUCACCCGAACUCUCUCCACCAGGUGAAAGAGAUUCAAAAGACGGAGGCGGCGACAAUAAUCUCACAAGUGAAGAGUCUCCAGCAGAUCAAGCAGAAGUCUUUACCAUCCUGAUUCCUGUGGUUCUGGCAGUCGUAAUCAUUGGUGCAAUUGUUUGCAUCGUUGUCAUUAUACGCCGCUGCAAAGACAAAUCACGGAACCAAGCACCAAGUAAAGAGGACCCAGAGCUGGAGGGAUUUAGCACGGAGAAGGUGCCGAUGCCAAUGUUUGAAGACGAUGUACCAUCUGUGCUGGAGCUGGAAAUAGAAGAACUGGACAAGUGGAUGAUGACACAUCCUUCAGCUUUUUAGGUCCUUCCUAUCUCUGAUCACCCCUGUAUGACCCAAGCCUGUCCCCUGGAUCCCGAUCAGCCUCUGCCAUCCUGCCUGACGUCUGUGCCUAACAGUGUGUAAGCCAGCUCCAAUCACCGCCGGGUUGUUCCAGCUUGUUUCUUGCAUGCAUUCUGGUUCUGUUUGUAAUAAAACUUUGAAACGCAGCUCCAUGUCUGGUUUGCAUUUCGGGUCCUCUGGUAAAUGACAUAAAAUAAUUUGUUUCAUAUGUCUUUAGUAUGGAUAAAUAUCCAUAUGCAGUUAUUUUCAAAUUCAUUCUGUCACUAUGGGAAAGCUGUUUAUCUAUACUCUCCACAGUGUGAAAAUGUAUCUAUUAAUAAGCUGCAACCUCUGUAUAAAUAUUAAGAGUCAAUAAGGCUGUGGGUUCAAAUCCUGGCCAGGGGCCUUUCUGCUGUCCCUAUGCAUGUGUGGGUUCUCUCUGGGUACUCUGGACUCUACGGAAAUUACCUUUAGGUGAGGGUGUGGGUGCAAGGUUGUGUGUUUCUGUGUUGCCCUGUGAUGAACUAACAACCUGUCCAGGGUGUACUCUUUCUCAAUGACCGCUGGAGACAAUUUUACUGCAGGUAAAAUUGCGUCAACAGAGGGAAAACUUUGCUUGUUCUCUGCAAUAAAUAAAGUCACAAAAUUCAAAAUUAUUCAAUUCAACAGCCUCUUUUCCAUUGCCACUCAAAAGCCUGUUUUUUUAUUUAGAAGCCUGGGGCUUUGCAAAUCACGGGUAGCGUUUCCAUAAACAUUUACCCAAGUACCUCUGACUGCAAACCGCAGAUCAUGUCAUGUUUUCACCACAGUUCUGUAAGACAGUUAAUUGAAGGGAGUACUAAUGAUGAAAUGGAGACACGUUUGAGUGCAGUUUGCCAAAAAGCUCCAAGGGAUUAUUUUCAUGUCCUGCCCAUCAUGUACAUGCAGACUGAUAAUCUGUUUUUGGUUAUUCUAAUGACUACUUUUUUUUGUUUACCUGUUUUACCUGCUGUAUAUAUCUGAGUUAGCCUAAAUAAUAUAAUAAUAUAAUAAUAAUUUG